UGAUAAUCACUUUGGUUACUUGAACUUUGCCUAACAUUACUUUAGAGCCAUGUCCCCGUGUAUAUUUAAUAACUCAAAUGGACUAUGAAUCAGCCGCCGCAAAGAUGGAGAUAUAGAUGGAGGUGGGAAUAGGAACAACAUUCGUCUUACCCGCCCCAUUGACAUCCUUAAUAAAAGAUAAAAAUGUCAAAGCAUGUAGAAAUUUUAGAGUCAAUGAUCACUUUUGUUCACCCAUAGUAAAAAUAAUUUUUUUUAGUAGUAAAAAAACUGAUUUUAAAUUAGUCGUCCUAAUCGCGAGGAAGUGGGGAGGAAAUUAUUAUAUUUGAUUCCUAACUGUGUUGCUGAAAUGUCAGAGUAAUGCAAUUUCAUAUUGUAAUUCCUCAGGCUACAAAAUCACUUGUGUCAAACUAAAUUUUAUGCAUUCUUAAGCUUUUGCAUAAGGCUUUUCCAUGAUGCUGAAUGAUAUCCUGCUGCAUCCUGGCUUCAUUAGGGAAAUCUUGCCUUUGAUAUUCUGCCUUUUGAACAUCCACUUCUUUAGUAUCACUGCUGAUGUUACCCUGUUAGCUGAUAGAUGUGACAGUAAAGGCGACUCUGGUAAGGUAAUUGUUGAUAGAGGAUACUCCGAAAAUGUCAAUAAGUUAUUGUCUGAUCUGUCCUUGAAAGCCUCAGACGUCAAGUUUUAUAAUUCAACGGUUGGAGACACGCCUAACCAAGUUCAUGGCCUGUUUCAAUGCCGGGAGGACCUGAGCCUGCAAGUUUGCAGUGAAUGCGUUGAUGUUGCAGCUAAGUAUGUAAAUGAAAAGUGUCCUCUUUAUGAAUCUGUUAUUUUGUGGUAUAUGGAAUGCUCUGUAUGGCUUUGCAACAGUUCCAUAUCUUUAGAGGAUGUAACAAAACAUACUUUGUUUUGGGGCUCAUCAGUGGAGAUUGCGAAUCCAAGUCAGGUUAAUGCAGUACUGACGAAAACUUUUGAUUCCAUGAUCAAGGAUGCUGCUAAUGAUUCAUCUCCUGCACAUAUUGCUAUGAAAGAAGCAGCCUUUCCAUCAUCUUCUGCUAGACUUUACUGUCUUACACAGUGUGCGCGUAUUCUAGAUGGAUCUGACUGUGCUUUCUGCCUCAAACAAGCUCUUAAUAUCUCUGCAAAUCAAUUCAAUAGAUCAGCUCAAGCAAUCUUUCUUCCAGGUUGUCGAUUGAUGUAUAACACAAGUUUAUUCUAUAACGUGAGUUACCUGUCGUCACCUUCCCCAAGCUCAAUCUCACUACCUUCAGUAAAAAAUAAAUCCAGAGGGAGGCCAUUGGUUGCCUUUUAUAUUGGUGGAAUAGCAGCAAGCUCUGCAGUCGGAGCAAUACUAUUUCUUUCUGCUACUUGGUUUUGUUUGCGAAGGAGGAAUAUGAAACUGAGAUUUCAGGACGUGCUUAAGGAAACAUCCAAUAUUAGAACAUUUUAUGAUGAUAUGGAAGACAUUAGGAACAUAGAAUCGUUACAAUAUGAGUUCAGCACAAUAAAAACUGCAACUGACAACUUCUCCAAGGAGAGCAAACUUGGAAUGGGUGGAUUUGGCGAAGUCUAUAAGGGAAGGCUCGAAAAUGGGAAAGAAAUAGCUGUGAAGAGACUCUCAGAAUCUUCGGAACAGGGCACCUUAGAGUUCAAGAAUGAAGUUCUUUUAGUUGCUAAGCUUCAACAUCGAAACCUGGUUAAAUUACUGGGAUUCUGCUUAUCAGAAAAGGAAAAGAUACUGAUCUAUGAGUUCCUACCUAAUUUGAGUCUUGAUCGCUUCUUAUAUGACCCAUUGAAGCGUGCAUCAUUGGAUUGGAAAACAAGGUUUAAAAUUAUCAUCGGAAUAGCAAGGGGGCUAUUAUAUCUUCAUGAAGACUCGCGACUGAAAAUAAUACAUCGGGAUCUAAAAUCCAGUAACGUACUACUUGACAAGGAAAUGGAUGCUAAAAUUUCUGACUUUGGCCUUGCUAAGCUUUUCAGUGUGGAUCAAACCCAAGGGGACACCAAGAGAAUCAUAGGAACAUAUGGAUAUAUGGCUCCAGAAUAUGCAAUAGCAGGUCAAUUUUCUGUAAAAUCUGAUGUUUAUAGUUUCGGGGUCAUAGUCUUGGAGGUGGUCACUGGCCAGAGGAAUAAUAUGUUCCGUCAACAACAUGAAGAGGGUUUACAACACCGAGCGUGGAGGCUUUGGAACGAGAAGGCUGUGCUAGAGCUGGUAGACCCUUCAUUAGAGAACAACUUUUUGGUUGAAGAAGUGAAAAUGUGCAUCCACAUAGGUCUACUCUGCAUACAAGAAGAUGUAACUAAAAGGCCUCGAAUGACCUCGGUUGUUGCAGCAUUGAACAGGCAGUCAGUUAUUCUACCUUUACCCAACACUCCCCACUUCCUUGCAGCUAAUGUUGACACUGAUGAAGACCAACCACUCUUUGACAAUCAUAUUACUAAUGAAUAUACAGGAACCAGGAAUAUCACAGAAUUCUGUCCCAGAUAAUAAAACAAAAUGCAGUAUUUAUCAAUUCUUAUCACCUUGCAAAUAUUAUAUCUAUGAAUGUGGAGCUAGCAAGACACAAAUUUGUAAAGGACGAUACCUUGUUUCCUAUGAUAAAUGAAUAUUGAUCUUUUCUUCGUUUACUCCUAUUA